GGCGGGAGGCCUCGAGGGGCCUGCGCGCGGCCCAGGGGCACCCCGAGCCCUGCCCUCCUGUGGGAGGCCACCGGAACGUUGCGCUCCGGAGGUGUCCCCUUGUCCAGGCCCAGUUUUUCGGCGCACGCCGACUUUCCUGACUGACUGGGGGAAAGUUGGGUACAGGCUGGGGACCCUCCCCAGGGCCGCGCGCCUGGGGGCCGCAGCCAGCUGGGUUUCGGGCGUCUGAUAGUGCGUUUCACUUGUCUCUCGUACCCUUUGUCUCCUCUCCCCAGGCUGGACCCCGGGAGCGGAGAAGUCUCAGAAGGUUUUUAUGGAAGUUCUGGGGAGGGAAGCCCCUUUGACACGAAUGUAAACUGGUAACUGCUGCCCGGGGUUCACCGAUAUUUCUCUGAAGCGAUGGCACGGACCGAAAUAAGAAGUCUCUGGCUAUCGCUCAUUGCAAAGUGAGAGAGAAGCAAGCAGAGGACUGAGGGCUGCCCGCACUACAUGGACCCCUGCGAAGAUCUGGAGAUGCCCGGCGGGCAGACUCCUGACCCCGGGCGACUGGAGGCCGGUGGAGAGGCGGAGAGGUGGAGUCCUCAGUUCCAGCUGCAGAGGAAAUUCGUGGAAAGCAGCAACAGGGAACAGCAAGAUCGAAACAGAGUUUCUGAAGAACUUGUAAUGGUUGUCCAAGAAAUGAAGAAAUAUUUCCCAUCAGAGAGACACAAUAAGCCAAGUACUCUAGAUGCCCUCAAUUAUGCCCUUCGCUGCGUGCACAGUGUGCAAGCAAACAGUGGGUUUUUCCAGACUCUCAGUCAAAAUGGAGCAUCUCAGGCAGAUGUGACCACAUACAGUCUUGAGGAGCUGGCCACUAUUGCUUCAGAACACACUUCUAAAAACACAGAUACCUUUGUGGCAGUGUUUUCAUUUCUGUCUGGAAGGUUAGUGCACAUUUCUGAACAGGCUGCUUUGACCCUGAAUUGUAAGAAAGGUUGCUUGGAGUCUUCUCACUUUGUUGACCUGCUCGCUCCUCAAGACGUGAGAGUGUUCUACACGCACACUGCCCGAGCUCAGCUUCCCUUUUGGAACAACUGGACCCAAAGAGCAGCGUCCCAGUGUGAACCCGCUCUCGUGAAGUCCUUCUUCUGCAGGAUCCGUGGAGGUGAAGACCGGAGAAAGCAAGAGAAGUAUUACUACCCAUUCCGGAUCAUUCCCUACAUGAUCCAUGUACGAAGUUCUGCCCAACCAGAAUCGGAACCCUGCUGUCUCACACUGGUUGAAAAGAUUCACUCUGGUUACGAAGCUCCUAGAAUCCCAGUGGAUAAAAGAAUUUUUACCACAACACACAGCCCAGGGUGUGUUUUUCUUGAAGUGGAUGAAAGAGCAGUGCCUUUGCUGGGUUACCUACCUCAGGACCUGAUCGGGACCUCCAUCCUAACAUACUUGCACCCAGAAGAUCGUUCUCUGAUGAUUGCUGUACACCAGAAAGUCUUGAAGUAUGCAGGCCAUCCUCCCUUUGAACAUUCUCCCAUUAGAUUUUGUACUCAAAAUGGAGAUUACAUCAUAUUGGAUUCCAGUUGGUCCAGCUUUGUGAACCCAUGGAGCCGGAAGGUUUCUUUCAUCAUUGGUCGGCAUAAAGUUCAAACGAGUCCACUAAAUGAGGAUGUUUUUGCUACCAGAAUAAAAAAGAUGAACAAUAAUGACAAAGACAUAACAGAAUUACAAGAACAAAUUCACAAACUUCUCUUGCAGCCAGUCCACGUGAGCGCUUCCAGUGGCUACGGGAGCCUGGGCAGCAGCGGCUCCCAGGAGCAGCACGUGAGCGCAGCAUCUUCCAGCGAGUCCAGUGGGCACUGUGCGGAGGAGCCGCGGAAGGAGCCGAUGACGUUGCAACAGGUCUAUGCCAGUGUAAACAAAAUUAAGAAUCUGGGCCAGCAGCUAUACAUUGAGUCAAUGACCAGAUCAUCAGUCAAGCCAGUGACGGGGACAUGCACAGAGCCGCUCAGUGCUGAUGAGCAGAAGGCCUUUUCUUCCUUCCAGACAUUGAGAAAUAAUAGCUUGUGUACUGAGUCUUGUGAGGAUUUGAGGAAAGGUCAGCACAGCCCAUCCUAUCAACAAAUAAACUGUAUUGACAGUGUUAUCAGAUACCUGAAGAGCUAUAAUAUUCCAGCUUUAAAAAGAAAGUACGUAUCCUGUGCAAAUACAACUUCUUCAUCCUCUGAAGACGACAAACAGAACCUCAAGGCGGAUGAUGUCCAAGCAUUGCACGCUGUUUCUCAGAUCCCAGCCAUACCUAAGUCAGAAAUGCCAGCAAAUGAAUGGUCCACAGAUGCUGAAGUAGGAGCCCCACGUACCUUGUCCACUGCAGCGCUGAGCUUGGGGUCAGGCAUAAGCCAGUGCAGUUACAGCAGCACCAUGGUUCACGUCCCGCCCACAGAGGCAGCAGAAGAUGCUACCCUGGCAUGUGAGCCCUGGACUCUCAACACACAGCCAGUCCCUUUGACCUCGGAUGAGUUCAAGCCCAUAGGGCUCACGAAGGCUGUACUGUCAGCCCACACACAGAAGGAGGAACAGAAUUACGUUGAUAAAUUCCGGGAGAGGAUCCUGUCAUCACCCUAUAGCUCCUAUCUUCAGCAGGAAAGCAGAAACGAAGCUAAAUAUUCUUUUGUUCCAGGAGAUUCUACUUCUAAACAGACAAGAUCAGCUGGUUGCAAGAAGGGGAAGCAUAAACGCAAGAAGGUGCCGGCACCCUCGGCCAGCAGCAGCUCUGAUGCCGGCUCCAGACCCCACACCAGGGGAACUCUUGGCCGCACACAGCCCCAGUACCCUCCUGCUGCCUCCUGUCCUCACGCCUUGGGCCUGUCAUUCCCGUCUUCUGUGAUGAUUCCCAGCCAGGCCCCUUACCUCACCCCAGCUUUCCCCCUCCCACCCGUGACCUCUCUAGGAAGAGGAGAUGCAGCUGUGGGCACUGCACUAGACCAUCUGCCUGAGCCGCCCUCGGCCAGUGGCCUGCAGCCUCUCCCAGCUUUCCCCCCUCCUUAUUUGGAUACUGUCAUGACCAUUUUCCUGCAUAGCCCCCCAGUCUGUCCUCUCUUGUCAUCAUCAUUCUUUCCGUAUCCAUUCUUGGGAGCAACAGAUUCUUCUGAAAUACCACCCCCAACAGCAGCAGUGGCUCCAUACCCAGAACCAUCACCUUCAGUCACCAUCCAGACGGGAGUUGAGGAGCAAUGGGAGACUGGUGGUGAAGGGCACCCGUUUAUUAGUUCAAGGAGCAGCUCACCACUGCAGCUGAACUUACUUCAGGAGGAAAUGCCCAAAUCUUCUGAAUUUUCAGAUCACAUGAAAAGGGAUAUUUGCCCAAAACCUGAGUAUCAGUGUGUUACGGGCAAGAGUGAGAAUAAGAACAGUCGUCCUCCUGCCAGUGAACUGUCCCCACUGUCGCCUCACAAGGAGUCUCAGUCUGGAGCAAGGUCUGCAGCAUCAGGAAGCAGUGACAGCAGUACUUAUUUUGCUAGUAGUGAUUAUUCUUCUGGAAUAUCCCCAAAUGGGCAGCAAUCUCAGGAUACACAGAAAAAGGAAGCAUUUCCCAGUUCAGCUGAAGAGCCCAUCUGGAGAAUGAUACGAGAAGUCCCGGAGAGCAUUCUCAUGACGUAUCAGGUACCUGAGAGGGUUAAAGAAGUUGUACUAAAAGAAGACCUAGAAAAGCUGGAAAGAAUGAGGCAGCAGCAGCCCCGGUUUUCUCAUGGCCAAAAGGAGGAGCUUGCCAAGAUCUAUUCUUGGGUUCAGAGCCAGACUGUCCCUCAAGAAGCAGACAUCCAAGACUGUGCCACUGGUGAAAACAAAGGUUCAAUUGAUGCUGCUGCAGAAUCCUGUGGUCAGGACCCAGCAGAAGACAGCAGUUGAGUGGCUAUGAAGAUGCACCUGCGUGCCCUUUCCCUGCCAGCCCAGACGGAUAGACCUUUGUGCUUAUCUCUUUCAAUCCAGUACUGUCAAAUGACUGUGAAGUUACAAUUGAAUGUUAAGGCUUUUCCUUCUUGAUUUUUUUAAUAUAUAUCUUUUUCUGAAGCAGAUAUUGUACAUAGAAUCUUAUUUGUUUCUAUUCUUUACAUAUUAGAACUGUCAGACUCUUUUUCUAGUUUAGGUGUCUUCUAAAGAGAUUGGAUACCCUCUAAAGAGGUACAUGUGUGGUAAAACUGUAUUUCAGGUGUCACCCAAAAUAAAUUAGAAGUGUAGCUACUAUGAUCUCCAAACCUUAGCCUCAUCUGUUGUAUUCCCUUGUUAGGGAAAUUAUUUUCCCCGUUAGUGUACUUGAGGAGGUCCCCCUCCGAGUAGGCCGUGUCCUUUUCAUGACGGUUUCCAUGAAGUUAACACCUUCAGAUAGACUUCGUGCUGGUUGGUGCUUCCCCUGUAUCAUUCAGAGAAAUCGUUCCAGUGUUCUCACAGCAUACUGAAACAUUAUCCAUUAGUAUAUCUGGAAGUACCUACAUCUUCAUUCUUGUAGAUGCCUUUCUUUUUGAUUUUCCACCUUCCACUGAAAUUCUGGAAGUCUUACUUAAUUGACCAGUUUACAGUGGGCUGAUUCUUUGGAGAGUUGCAAUUAGCAUUUUCAUGUGUCCUGUUAAAAGAUCUCCUUAAUCAAUAGUAUUUCCCUUUUUAGUGUUUUUAUUUUAAGAUAAUGAUUGUAAAAAGUUUCAGGGGUUAUCUAAGAAUUAAUAUUCUUAAUACGCUUUAUGUUUAAAUGUUCAGUCUUACCAAACUAACAAUUAAUUCUUUCUUUCCAAUCAAUUUACACAAAAGACGUCUCUCCAUCCCUGCCAGAGGCGUGAUUGCCACUGCCUUUCCUAUGCCCUUGACUAGGGGUAAGUGCUGUGGGGGAUACUUGCCGAGAGAAUAGUCGAGAGAGCUCACUCCUCCCAGCCAGCAGGGGGCUGUGGUGCCCCGUGAAUCUUUCUGUGCCCCUUGUGUCUUGGAAGGUGUGAGUGUGGUUGUUCACUUGAUAAGUCAGCUCACUGUCUGGGCUCUAGAGAGUGACUCCUUCUCAAAUUUAGAAUGAUAGGUGAAAUUCACACUCGUGAAGAUAAGAGAGAAAAUAAAAGAAAAUGAAACUUACAAUAUAACCUUUCCCUUCAUGUAACUUUUAAACUAACUUAUAUUUCUUAUUUUUGUUUUUUGGUUUUAAGAAACAUCUCUUUGAAGUUUUAUAGCUUUUUACAAAUGCAUCCUGAUAAUGACUAAGAGAAGCGGUCACCAUCCGUGACCACGGUUUUCCAUCCGUGGUGACAGUUGGGCCCUGAUUCUCCCUGUAGCUCAGAGUGUAGUGGUUUUCUGGAUGGUAAUCCUAUCAUAAUGUGUCAUUCUCAGAUGCUGCAUUUGACAUUUCUUGGCAUUUUCUAAUAUUAAGCAGUUUCAUGCAAAAGCUCCUAUUUUAUAAGUGGAGAAUGCUCAUAUUCUAUCUACUCCAUUUUGAUAGUUAGAAGAUUUUUGAAGCCUGUGUCUGUAUUGGUCAAAUUAUAUUUUUGUUAUUGGUGGAAAAUCAAAUUUUGCUAUUAACCAUCUAGUACAUUGUCCACCAGUGACCUCUAUAGUAAAAAAGUUUUUAUUUGUAUGGAUAAAGAAUAAUGUGUAUAGCUAUCAGGAUCCUCCUGCAGUCGUGUGUGCGGAUUUUAAGCCUUAUGUUCUUCAAUAAUGUAAGCUCUUCUUUUACAUUGUUUCUGGAUAUUUGUUUUUUCUAAAUUUGCUUAUUUCUUUGCCUUAGUACACAUUUUAUGAAGUGUAUAUUAUACUAGGCUUGAUUUGAAACUGGUGCUUGUUAUAGAAAGAUCUGUAAAACUGUAAAUUUUCAUCUUUUGGUAAAUAGAUUAGUCAGUACAUUUGAGAUUGAUCCUGCUGCCCAAAGUAGCAGUGGAGACUAGCAGUGAUGACUGCUGCCCCCCACGGGGGCUUUACCCAAUCUAAACUUUGUUGUUCAAGUUUAACUUUUUAUAUUAAUGACUAUAAACAAUGAUAAUAAGAAUGUAUAUUAUAGGCUUCAAUGUUUACAUAAAUGUUACCCAAAAGCUGUAUUUUGGGGAGUUCGAGGUCAAGAUGUAUGAAAAACAAGAUAUCAUAUGAAUAGAAUCGUUUUUCAAUUAAGUGCACCUUUAUGAUAAAUUCACAAGGUAAAUUUAAUCCACAUUGAAAUUUUGUUUCAUCCGAAUUCACAAUUGACUCUAUGAAUUUACUUGUUUUUAGUCAUUACUAAUAUUUUAAUGGGUAUCUUUUUUUUAAGUAAAAGCAGUAAAUAAACAUGUACACAUAAAACUUGAGAAAUUUUCUUGCGCUGUGUUAACAGGUGUUUCCCUGAACUUGUAUUUUACAUCAUUUGGAACUGUUUCUAGGCUCCACUGAAGGCUGCUCGCGUUAGGCUCGUGCUGCCUUCCCAGCUCCACCGUGUCUGCGUCAUCAGUGUGCCCGGCACCUCCUGUGCGAGAUGCAGGUGCAGGCGGCUUCCCAUCCAGUGGCUUUUUUAAUCCUCCCUUCAGCACUGUGUAGAAUUUAUUAAGUCUUGAAUGUAUGUACAUAUUUUUAAUUAAUUUUAAUGCCAACUUUAUAAAAUUUCAUUAUCUAAAUCAUAGGGUGCACCUCUGUUUCACAAAGUCUGAUUGUGUAACUGGUGGCAACAAAAUAUAGAACAAGAUCCUGGAGCCAAAAAGGCUUUUUAAAAGGUUAAAGAUUACACUGAAGAGA